UUUGCUGGGUGAAUAAACAUUGUCAAGCAAACAUCAAGAGUUAUUUCUUGUGUAUGACUGAAAGUAACCAGAGGAUUAAAAUCCUGAAAAACCACGACGGAACUCCAAGAAAUUUCACGGAGGGAGAUCCUGUGUAUAUUUCAGCAGCUGAAACAGGGACUGAGGACUCAGAAAGGAGCUCAGGAAGAACUGUGCGCAGGGUUGCAGCCCCUAGAACAGCAAAAGACCUGGCACCCCCUCAAUUCAGUGAACUGUUACCGAUGGGAGGGGAGCCCUCUGAUUUUAGCCCCCUGAGAAGGAGUCGAAAAGUGGUUGAAUAUUUCUGGAUUCCCACGGAUGAAGAAUAAACCAUCACUACACUUAACUCAAAGACUUUAAAUUACACCAGUUCACAUCCUGCACAACCAAAAACUAUCAACCAAGAGCUAUCAAACUUGGAAGGAAAAUGCAAAGAUAUGUAAAGACAAUAGAUAAACAUCAUAUAUGUGUCUCAAAAAGCAGAAAGAAACUUAAU